CUAGUCGAGGCGUUGUUUUGUUGUUGAAUUCUAAGUUGCAGAUCGUUUGGGCAUCUCUCUCUGCCUCUCUCCCCUCCCUUCUCCUCCCUCCUCCCUCCUGGUUUGUUUAUGUCUCUUUCUAGAUUCUCCGCCAUUAUCAGGAGGAGGAUUCAGAGGGUACCAUCAGUCGAAGGAGACUCGCAUUCCUUCAAGCUCCCAUUACAGAAAGAUCAGCCUUUGUAAUGGGAUCAAGGUUGGUGCCGCCAUGGCUGGAACCGUUGCUAUCGACGGCAUUCUUCUCCAUCUGCCGAACACACGGCGACGCACCUCGGAGCGAAUGCAACAUGUAUUGCCUCGAUUGCAGCUGUGACGCAUUCUGCUUCUAUUGCCGGGGGUCAAGGCACAAGGAUCAUCGAGUAAUUCAGAUAAGGCGAUCAUCUUAUCAUGAUGUGGUGAGGGUGGCCGAAAUUCAGAAUGUUCUUGAUAUCAGUGGAGUUCAGACGUAUGUGAUCAACAGUGCCAGAGUUCUGUUUCUGAAUGAGAGGCCCCAGCCUAAAACCGGCAAAGGAGUAGCUCAUAUAUGUGAGAUAUGUGGAAGAAGCCUGUUAGACACCUUCCGUUUCUGUUCAUUGGGAUGUAAGCUUGUAGGAAUAAAGAGGAAUGGGGACGCGAGCUUUAUCUUAGACACGAAGAAUGAAGUAAUGGAAAGAGGGGAAGGGAUAUCGAGGAGAUUGUCAAGACAGGAAGAAGAAUUGCGUGAAGGUAGCCAACACGACAUUUACCCGCCCACGCCUCCACCACCUGCUUCCAAUCCAAGGAGAAGAAAGGGCAUCCCUCACAGAGCACCCUUCGGGUCCUAAAUUGAAUUGUACCAAAAGCAACUAAUACACCCAAAAUUCAAUCCUCAUAGGACAACCCACCCCAACCCAAUGUUUGUCUUUAGGGUCCUCCGAAGGGAAGAAGGUAGGUACCCCAUUUGGGUCAUUUGGGUCUGGGUCCUAAUCAACACAUCCCUAUCUCCCCUCUUUUUCUUCCCUUCCUCUCUCCAUUGUGGAAAGCAAUAAUGUUGAAUUAUUAUUGGAAGUUGCAAGGUGUACAUGUAAUUAAUAAAUCAAAGUAAGUCAUUGUGGAGUCCGUUAAAUAGUUUUUAUAGGCCCACCAACCACAUGGACCGUUUAUCUAAGAGAAUCAACCCACCCCCUUAUUUUUUAUUUUUCCAAUUUAAUACAUGGAAUGGGCAAAUCAACUUUCUA